GAAGGAGAAGCCGCGUAGAAGCGCGCGAUGAUAAAACUACAUUACCCACAAUCCCACAGCGCGUGCUGAGAAGACUUCCGUCCAUGGCUUCAACCGGCCGACGCCGGCUAAGAGGUCGUCAGAUCCCCAUGGAAACGGAGUGCGGGAAAAUGAUGUCGUCCCGCUCGGACAGUGGGAGUGGAGAGGACUCGUUGGACCGGCUGCUGCCUCCCUCUGGGGCCCCUCGCAGGAAGAGCGCUACCUCACUGAGUAAAUCCGAGCCUCCUCUGCUCCGCACGGGAACACGCACCAUCUACACCGCCGGUCGACCUCCCUGGUAUGACGAGCACGGCGCUCAGUCCAAAGAGGCCUUUGUCAUUGGCUUGUGUGGGGGCAGUGCCUCAGGAAAAACCACCGUGGCCAAUAAGAUCAUCGAGGCUCUGGAUGUACCGUGGGUCGUGCUGUUGUCUAUGGACUCUUUCUAUAAGGAUUUAUCUCCCGAGGAGCAGAACCUGGCAGCGAGUAACGACUACAACUUCGAUCAUCCCGGGGCCUUUGACUUUGAGCUGCUGGUCUCCACCCUCAGAAAACUGAAGCAAGGCAAGAGUGUGAAGAUCCCCGUGUACGAUUUCACCACGCACAGACGACAGAAAGACUGGAAAAACGUGUAUGGUGCCAGUGUGAUUAUAUUUGAAGGAAUAAUGUCAUUUGUGGACAAAGAGCUUCUACAGCUCCUGGACAUGAAAAUCUUUGUGGACACAGACUCCGACAUCCGGCUGGUCCGCCGGCUGCGCAGGGACAUCACAGAGCGUGGACGGGACAUCGAGGGAGUCAUCAAGCAGUACAACAAGUUUGUGAAGCCCGCCUUCGAGCAGUACAUAGAGCCAACCAUGAGGCUGGCUGAUAUAGUUGUGCCAAGAGGUGGUGGGAAUAUGGUGGCCAUUGAUCUCAUAGUCCAGCAUGUUCAAAGCCAGCUGGAGGAGCGUGAGCUCAGUGUCAGGGCGCUCCUGGCCUCCGCUCAGCAGAAUCAGCCGCUUCCCCAGACACUCAGCGUGUUGGAGAGCACGCCGCAGGUCCGAGGCCUGCACACCAUCAUCAGGAGCAAAGACACCAGCCGAGACGAGUUCAUCUUCUACUCAAAGAGAUUAAUGCGACUCCUGAUAGAGCACGCUCUCACAUUUCUACCAUCUCAGCCGUGCACGGUUCAGACACCACAGGGCCACGAGUACGAGGGCCUCAGCUUCAAUGGCAGAGGCAUCACCGGUGUGUCCAUCCUGCGGGCAGGAGAGACCAUGGAGCCCGCCCUCAGGGCCGUAUGCAAGGAUGUCCGCAUCGGCAAAAUCCUCAUCCAGACCAAUCUUGACUCGGGCGAACCAGAGCUGCAUUACCUGCGUCUGCCCAAAGACAUCGGCGAAGAUCAUGUCAUCCUAAUGGACAGCACGGUGUCUACAGGCGCUGCUGCCAUGAUGGCUGUCAGAGUCCUACUGGAUCACGAGGUGCAAGAGGAUAAGAUCGCGCUGGUGUCGCUGUUGAUGGCAGAGCUCGGCGUUCACUCGGUUGCCUACGCCUUCCCAAAGGUCAAAAUCAUCACCACCGCUGUGGACAAGAGUCUGGAUGAUAAUUUACAUGUAAUCCCUGGUAUUGGAGACUUUGGGGACCGCUACUUUGGCACAGACGGGACCGACCGCUGGAGGGACGAGGAAGACCGAGAGCAGCCUUCAUACUGACACAAACGUCUGUGAGAAAAUACAAAAACACGACUUGAGAACUUCUGUUGUUGUGCAUCGUCCUCGGGCACAGGCAGACUCACAGAUUUACUCUUUUGUUUGCCGCACAUGAACUUUUGUACUCUCCGACAGAUUGUGUGCAGAAGGGAUAUUUUGCUCCGGUUACAACUGAUCGUAAAUAUUUUCCUACUCAAGUGCAUCGACGAGGUAAAACAGUGCCCAGUCCCUCUGAGGUGCAAUAACACGGCAACAAUGUUAUUAAAUACUCCAGGACAAAAUUGCACCAGUUGUUCAUAAAUCCAGUUCCUGGUGUUGUACCAGUGAGGACUUAAAGGUCCAGUGUGAAACAUUUAGGAGGGUUUAUUGAAUAUAGGGCUCGUAAGUAUGUUUGUGUAAGUCUAUAAUCGCUUUAAAAUAAAAAAUGCUUGGUUGUCAUAGCGUUAGAAUAAGCCUUCUAUAUGUACUUUAGACAAGGGUCUAAGUUUAGCAAAGUCUGCCUCCAUGUUUCUACAGUAGCCCAAAUAUCUGUUCUGUACAGAACACGCCUUUUUCCUUUAAAUACGGAAGAAAUCGUUAUUUUCUGGACCGUUGACAACCGUGCAACCGCCGGCUAUGCCAGGAUUGAAUUUUAUGAUAAGCUGGUGCAACCUACUUAUGAAUAUACCCUUACAAAUAAAACUAUAUUCACACUUUAUGCUGCUGUAAAGACUUUUCUAGUGUAAUUUAACAAAAAAAAAACAACCUGUGUAGAAUAUUUAGAAAUGUUAUAUUAACAUAUUCAAAGGGGGAAAUGAGUGUCAUGUUGAGUAGAAUCUACACGUCAUAGGUUAAACACAUUCACGAGUAUGAUCUUUAUCUUAAAUUCAGGUUUCACUUUUCUGUUCUCACUGCCUCUUUCUACGUCCCCGGCUGGAAAAUGGAAGGUGCGCUCGUUUUUAUAUAUCUGGGCCGUCACAUGCUAAAUAUUUUUCCAUGCUCCUCUGACUCUCAGGUUCACACGCAGGCCAACUUACCUCCCUCUCUGAUGCACUUUAAAGCCUAAAGGGGUCAGUGUAGCUCACAUUUAGCUUCUCUGGGUGUGAUUUACAGUGUCCCUUUGGUAAAUGUGUCUCUUUAUACUCACUACACACAGAGACGCUCACCGACUCUGCUGCACAACUUGAAAUAUUUGAUGUCAUGUCACAGUUUGUGAUCCCGUGAUCAGAAUUGCCUUUUAUUGUCAUUGUUUGUUCGCGCAAAUUAAUUUACUCGACGAUAUGAUGCUGGAUGCUCGGUCAGAAUCGUGUACAAUGGUGAUAACAAUGUGAUUUGGUGUUACAAAUGGAGCAGUAAAAGCCUUGAGUGUC